UCCAGUUUAUUCUCUCUAGUUUCGGGUCGCGUGCCACGGGCCGUGUCCAUCGAGUGAGUUGAUUCAGCAGAGCAGUGCAGUGGGAUCGUCUGCUGCUGCCGCGUUUCUUUCACCGCAUAUUCCCGUCAAUAAAUGAGUCACCAUUCGCAGGAUUGGUUCGAUGUUAAGAUGUGGAGGUGUGUUCACUUCGUUUUAACCAUUCAUGAUACUGUUGACGUUCUCUCCCUGUGAGAUACCAGCAUGUUGCCGAAUGUGAUAUGAUUACCCCUGGAUGGACAAUAACCUGGUCGUUCUUCCUGAAGAUGUUACAUAAAUCUGUAUUAUGCGAUAAUGUUCAACUGCCCGCAAUUGGCGCUGACGGCACUGAUGAUCUGCCCAAUGAAUUGGUCAAUGUCAUACGAUCUAUUGUGCCACCACCACCAGAUGAAAUGUUUUACAGCAUUGCAAAAGUCCCUGACAACACAUUGAGCCUCUUUCAACGAAGACCCACAGAGAAAAUCCUGCUUCAGAGAGGGGAUGAUGGUUCUUCAUUCUCUGCAAAAGAUACAGAAACGUAUUUGGAGGAUAUUUUUAUUCAAUUGGUCGAGCCUAAUAAAUAUUCUGACGGAAACAAAAUUUUGCAUAUUGUUCUUGAUUUAAUGAUAAGAUGGAAAUUGGAUAUAGCUGUUCAAGAACAAGCUUUCAAGUGCUUAGUGUGUCUAAGCCAACAAUGUGAAGAUUUGGAACCGCCUCCCCCUACAACAUCAUCAGUUUUAGAAGCAAUGAAGUGUUUUCACAGAUUUGAAGUGAUUCAAAGAAUGGGAGUGAAGAUUCUGAAAAGUAAAACAUUUCUUGACAGGAUGAAAACCAAGGUUCAGGUUGCAUGUUUGAUUUUUAACUCCUUAUGCAAUCUUCCUGAGAUGGAUGACUUCAUGCUCCAUGCCAAAGAAAUAGUACAAGAGCUGACUCCUCCUGAAAGAAUUCAAAUAAGGUCGUGCAAACAAUAUGUUGAAAUGUUACUUGACUUCCCCAAUCGUAAAAAUGAUAAAGUCACUGUUUUCUUAAGUUGGUGCGCCUUGGAAACUCUACUCUUACUAGCAGAACCUGUUGUUAGAUGGGGUGUUUUUAUUGAUAUUCAUGGCCAAGACAAACUGUGGAGAAUGUCCUGUAGGUCUGAACUUGAAGAUAGAUGUCAGGCAUUAUUGAACAGAAUACUUCCCCCAGAUAAAAAUCAUGUCCUGACUGAUAGAAAUGUAAGGCCAUUAGCAAUAAAAUCUUCUGACCCUGUGGAUCUAGUCCACCAACCUCUUACGAAAGCAACAGAGCUGUCAUUGAGAGAAGACACAGGAAAUUUUAACACAGAUCAAACGUUGAAGGCUGGCAAGGUGAAAAAUGAAAACUUCAACCAGUUGCAAGACAGAAGGACAUCAUCUGACCUGCUGCCUGCAGGGAAUGCAUUUAAGGUCCUUCCUGUUGAUGACCUGAUUGGAUCAAAACCCCUGACUCCUCCCCCAACUAUUCCAGACAUAGAUGACAGAGUUUCUGAUGAUGAAAUAACUUGCACACAAUCGUCUUAUUCCCCUCUCUACAGAAUCACAUCUCCUUCAUACUCUCCUCCCCCUGAAACCUAUGCUUCACUUGAGAGACGCUUUGGUGCUACCUUAAGCCCACCACAGAAACUAAAUGAGGACCAUGUAAAUACAGCUUGCACUGUAAAUAACAGGGACAGAGGAGUGUGCCACAGUGCUAAUGAAGAAGUUUCAAUCAAAUCAGCUGCAAAUGGAAACAAGUCUGAACCACACCAAAAACUAAGUCCCAAAAUAGUUCAAUGUUUAUUCUGUCAUGAACCUAAGGCGAAACGUCCACUUCUAGUGACACAAUACAACAACCUAUCACAUUGCUUACUGGAGCCCCGUAACAGCAUGUUGUAUAAGUUAUUUCAAUCAAACCUGUGUGACUUGCAUAAAAUGCGAUAAAAUUUUUGCUUCAUACUUUGUACUAGCCCUCUAAGGCACCAAUCAAUUUAAAUGUUGUCUUCGUUUUACUUUCUUAG